UUUUCGACUCUGCUUUUCGUCGUGGCCGCAUCGUGCUCCGAUUGUGAACGAGUACAAUUCGCACAAGAAACGCAACAAACAUCGUAACAAUGGCAUUUGGAGAUGUGAAAACCGCCAACGGACUGAAGGAGCUGGACAAGUUCCUGGCUGACAACAGCUACGUGUCGGGAUACACCCCUUCGAAGGCCGACCUUUCGGUGUUUGAGGCGCUCGGUAAAGCACCGGCCGCCUCGAAUGUACACGCACUGCGGUGGUACAACCACAUUGCGUCGUUCAGCACCAAGGAGCGGUCGGAGUGGGGCGGACAGGCCCUGCCGCAGUUGGCCGGCGGUAAGCCGACUACUGCUGCUGCCGCCGCCGCUGAUGACGACGAUGUUGACCUGUUCGGUUCGGAGGACGAGGAGGAGAGUGCAGAGGCGGCGAAGCUGAAGGAGGAACGUUUGGCUGCAUACAACGCAAAGAAAUCGAAAAAACCUGCCCUGAUCGCGAAGAGCUCAAUCCUGCUAGACGUUAAGCCGUGGGAUGACGAAACAGACAUGGCGGAAAUGGAAAAGAGCGUCCGAAGCGUCGUAAUGGACGGUCUUCUGUGGGGUGCUGCAAAGCUCGUCCCGGUCGGCUAUGGCAUCAAGAAACUGCAGAUUUGCUGUGUUAUCGAAGACGACAAGGUUUCUGUAGAUGAGCUCACAGAGAAGAUCCACGAAUUUGAAGACUUAGUGCAGUCGGUUGAUAUUGCUGCGUUCAAUAAGAUCUAACUGAGAAGAGUUGAAUAAAGUGUAACUUUUCUAAGAUUUGA